GAGAAAGCAACAAAGUGGCAGAACAAUGGAGAAAUAGAUGGCUUAACAACAAAUGGAGUAUUAAUCAUGCAUCCUCCUAGUCAGUUUUGUGGAGGAGAAGCUAAACCUGGUAUAUGGCGAGAGGUAUCAGUAGGGGGUGGUGUCUAUGCAUUAAGGGAGUCACGGUCUGCACCACAAAAAGGAAUUAAGAUUGAGGAAGAGACCAAUGUCCUGCAAGAUGGGACGCUGAUAGAUUUGUGUGGAGCCACUUUACUCUGGAGGUCGGCUGAGGGGUUAGGCAAAUCCCCGACUAAGCGUCACCUGGAACAGAUGGUGGAUGAACUUAAUGCAGGUCGGCCGCAGUGUCCUGUGGGUCUCAACACUCUUGUUAUACCUCGUAAAGCUACACUAACAGCCACAGAAAAACAACCUGUAGUGUACCUUAAUUGUGGUCAUGUACAAGGGCUACACGAGUGGGGCCACGAAAAGGACUCCAACUCCCACACCUGUCCCAUGUGUCUUAAGGUUGGGCCUGUAGUUAAGCUUUGUAUGGGUAUUGAGCCAGCAUUUUAUGUUGACAGUGGUCCCCCAACUUUCUGUUUCAAUCCAUGUGGACAUAUGGCUUCAGAAAAAACAGUAAGGUACUGGGCUGCGGUACCUAUUCCCCAUGGAACUAAUGGAUUCCAUGCAGCAUGUCCAUUUUGCGCCUCACCACUAGAAGGUGACCCAGGGUUUGUCCGACUCAUAUUUCAAGACAAUUGCGAUUGAAUUCCCUCCCUUUAUACACUGUAGUAUUAUGUAUAGACAACCUCUUGAAGUGUAUCUCCAUCCUUCAGUUUAAUUUGCACUCAACAUAUUUUGUUAAUCAUGCUGGUUGAAAAGAGUGAACCUUGAAUGCCAUUCAGAUAUCAUUAAAUCUGUGUUUUUUAUGCAACUAGGAUAUUGCUUGUUAAAUUUUGUAAUAUAAAGUAUAUGAUGCAACCCAGUUAAUUUGGGUUGUAUUACCCCUGGAAGAUGAGUGCAUUGGUUUUGAUUAAUAUUUUGUUAAUGCUGAUUGACCAAGACCAGCACUCAUAGAACUAUGCAGCUUGUGCGAUUGACUAAAUGGCCACCCAGACACCCUACAUGCUGCUACAUGCUCACUUUACUAUUCAUAGUCAGUGUGUGCACUCAAGACUCUUGACACUCAAAAAGCAAUGAGUAAAAGUUAAUGCACUGGACUUGUUUAUUGACAUUUAUUUGUAUUUAAAAAGAGAGAUUAUGCUUAUGAAUAUAACUGGUAAUUAGAGAUGUUGUGUGAGGAAUCAUAAUUAUACCUGUAUAGUCCAGUGGUUAGUACUAAGUGCAUCAUGAGUAUAUCCAUUGUCUUGAGCGCAUCUCAUGAAAAUGAACUGAAGCUUUACAUUGAGCAUCAUCGGAAACAUUUAUUAUAAGUAAUAACUAUUAUAUUUCAAGAUUAAAGGGUGUCAAAUUUG